AUGGUUGGUGUCCUACUUCAGUCGUCUACGGACGUAAACCACAGUGAUAAUGGACUAUUCCCUGCAGCAAAGGGAAAACCGCAACUGGACGAUUCGAGACAGUGCAUUUUGUCGACAGGGCAGGUGCCCGUACGCGAUCUUCAAUCACGAAAAUCACUCGAGCAAGAGAUUGGCGACAUAGAUUGGCCUCGAGAUGUCAAGCUUGAUCGAGUGGUUGAAUCUGCGUGGGCAAUCCUUCUGUCUUGGUAUGGGGAGGCAACCGAUACAGUUUUCGAUGUCGUGUUGCCAGUAUCAAAAGUCGAACAGCUUCCUCAAUCCAGAACUGUUGCCGUAUUCGUUGAAGAAGACAUGACUCUGAGUGCAAUACAACACCAAAUGACAUUAACUGGGCUGGCGGGAUCAUCGACAACUCAACGUGCUGGCAAAGAGGCUCGUCUGGGCUGGCAAUCCAAAUCACUGUUGAUGAUACAACCAACCUUCGACGAAAGAUUAGAACUAGACAUGUACGCCGUCACUUUACACUGCGAGGUUAAAGAUAGCUCUCUUCUCACGAAAAUGGACUUCGACUCCACUGUGCUUAGCGAGCAGGUCGCAUUGCGAGUCAUGGAACACUUCGGCCAUAUAUUGCGUCAGAUUUGUCGUGCCGAUAUGACCAGUACAAGAAUCAGCGAUCUGGACGCAAUGACUGCCAAAGAUCUACAGCAGGUCUGGACUUGGAACGCCAAGGUACCUGAGGAGGCAGACGCGUGCGUUCAUGAUAUAUUUUCCCAGAGCGUUUCUAAAUAUCCACACCAGACAGCCAUAAGUGCGUGGGAUGGCGAGUUGACUUAUACUCAAUGGGACGCGCUAUCAACCCAAUUGGCAUAUCGCCUCGUCCACAGGGGCGUUCGUCCUGGACAUGUACUGCCAUUGAUUUUUGAAAAGUCCAUGUGGGUGGCUGUCUCCCAGUUUGCCGUUAUGAAGGCUGGUGCGGCGUCCGUGGUAAUCGAUCCUUCACAAACUAAGGAACGCAUCAAGACGAUGAUCAGCAUUGUAGGACCUGGCCUUAUCCUAUGUGCUCCUUCAACAGUUCGCCUGGUUUCACUUAUCACCGAACGAAAACCAUUUGUGGUGCAGAAAGAGGCCGUAUCAGAGCCACCAGAGCAAAGACAUAAUGGGUGCUUUGAGACAACGUUGCCCCUUGUUAAACCGAGUGACCUGCUCUAUGUCGUGUUUACUUCCGGCACCACAGGAAACCCGAAGGGUGCAGCAAUAACGCAUGCAAACUUCACUUCCGCCAUCAAGCAUCAGAAUAAGUACUUGAAUUUCAAACCGACCGCAAGAGUUGCAGGUUUCUGCUCGUACGCCUUUGAUGUAUCAUGGUCUGAUUUUAUCCACACUCUAGCAGCUGGAGCCUGCCUAUGCAUACCCUCAGAACAUGACAGAAAACAUGACUUUAUUGGAUAUAUGAACAAGAGUGAGGUGACGUUUGUACACCUUACACCAUCAGUCGCCGCGAUUUUGGAUUUGGAUAAUGUGCCGACACUUGACACUGUUGCCCUUAUUGGCGAGGUUGUAGACUUCGAUAAGCUGCCGCAACUUCGCAACAUCGAUACUACGAUUAUCACGUACGGGCCAGCCGAGUGCACAGUGACUACAACUGGAGCCAUCAAUAACGGUGAGAACACUAAGGCUACCAUUGGAUGGGCACUUGGAUCAACGACCUGGAUUGCCGACCCAGAGAAGGAAGCCCUUACGCCCGUUGGCCUGGUUGGAGAGUUGCUCCUUGAAGGGCCACUGGUUGGAGCCGGAUAUCUGAACAACGCGGAGAAGACAGCAGCCGCUUUCAUUGAGAAUCCAAGUUGGUUACUACGCGGCGGCGCAGGAGUGGAGGGUCGGCAUGGACGCCUUUAUCGAACAGGAGACCUGGUACGCUACACUCCUGAUGGUGAAAUGGUAUACGUAGGGAGAAAAGAUACCCAAGUCAAGAUCAAUGGACAGCGUACAGAGCUAGGUGAUGUUGAGCAUCAUAUCUGCCGUCUCCUGCGUUCGAUGCCGGCUGUGGCAGAUAUUAUCGCUGAAGUCGUCACGCCAAACGUCACCCAACGUCCAAUGUUGGUAGCCUUUCUCCUCAUGCCUACGACGAGUCCUGAGCAACUGAGGAAGAAAGCUGCUCCGAUUAUCGAAAUCCUGGAAAGGGAAAUGCCUGGCCAGGUGCCACCUCACAUGAUCCCGAGCACAUAUAUCCCAAUGGUCGAUCUACCAAGGGGCUUAACGGGAAAGACAGACCGAAGAGCACUUCGUGAGAUAGGUGCAAAAUUAGACCGCAAAGCAUUUGUAUCCUCGUAUAGCACCAAUUCCACACAGCACAUUCAACCCGCUACCGAAGCCGAGUUACAGCUCAGAGAUCUUUGGGCGACGGUGCUUAAUCUUCCAGCAAGCGAAAUAAGUGCACAAGACAAUUUCCUGCGACUCGGCGGUGAUUCGAUCGCUGCCAUAAGGCUAGCAACUGAUCUUGGGCGAAAGGGGGUGUGGUUGACAGUCCCAGAUAUCUAUCGCCAGCCACAGCUCAGUGAGAUGGCCAAGCUCAUGUCACGAAGUGAGGCAGCAGUUCCAGAAGCUGUCCGACCAUUUUCUUUAUUGAAGGCUGAAAUAGAUAAAGAUGAUGCUUGCCGCCAAGUGGCAGAGCUUUGCUCCAUUAGCGCGUGGCCAGUGGAGCCUUCACAAAUUGAAGAUAUAUUCCCAUGCACAGCGCUUCAAGAAGGCCUUUUAGCGAUGACGGCGAGGAGCCCGGGCAAAUACGUGGGUCACCAUGUAGCCGAGCUGAAGCCGGAGGUUAACAGAGCAAGGCUUCAGAAAGCAUGGCAACAUGUCUCUGAAAGAGCGUCUAUUCUUCGAACCCGUAUUGUCGACCUACCGGGCCAGGGCCUAGUGCAGGUUGUCGUCGACGAGGCAUUGCAAUGGCAGACCUUUUCCUCUUUGCUGGAAUAUCGUCGAUGGAGAAAUAAUAUCAGCAAAGGAUUGAGGGAGUGUGCUGUUGAAUCUAUCUCUAUGGGCCUGGGCACUCCGUUAUCGCAUCUCGCAAUCAUACAUGAUGAAGCGGCGGGCAAAAGAUAUCUCGCCUUGACACAUCAUCAUGCGACUUACGACGGCUGGUCAGUGCCACUCCUGCAAAAAGACAUUGAAAUGGCCUAUAGAGAUGGGGAGGCAGAACAGUGCUCACUUCCGCUGCAAAGGUUUGUGAAGCAUAUCAUGAACCAGCGUAGUGAAGAAGGCGUGGCUUUCUGGAAGGGACAAUUUGCCGAGAUAGAAGCAUCGCCAUUUCCUGCCCUCCCGGCAAAAACGUACGAGCCAAAGCCAGAUAAAGUCCUCCAACAUUCGAUUGAUAGCAUUCGCUGGCCGACUUGUGGCGUCACGCCCUCUUCUGCAAUUCGUACAGCUUGGGCAACGCUCAUCUCCUGGCACGUAAAUUCUCCAGAUGUGGCAUUUGGGGCUGUUGUGUCAGGGCGUCAAGCCCCUGUACCAGGAAUCGAGGACGUAGCAGGCCCUACCAUCGCCACUGUCCCUCUCCGAAUCUUGGUCCAAGGAAGCGUCGACGAAUUGUUGCAUCAGGUACAAAACCAGGCAAUGGAGAUGAUUCAGUUCCAGCAAUACGGGUUGCAGCGUAUUCGUCAAAUUAGCCAGGAGGCCAAAUAUGCCUGUGACUUCCAGACACUGUUGUUGGUACAUCCCUCAGUCAAGGAAAGUACGGUCGAGAGCCUGGUCCUUAAGGAUGGUCUAAAUGAAGAAGAAACGGGCUCUGGUACAGAAAAUACAUUUGCCAUGAUGCUGACCUGUCAAACUUCGGAGUCAAAGUUGGAUAUGCAGCUAAGCUACGACUCAGCCGUUAUCCAAGAAGCAGCUGCAGCACGACUGCUUCGGCAGCUGGAGCACAUAUUAGAUCAGAUUGCCACGGUUGAUGGGUCGACAAACAUAGGCGAUAUGAGCAGAGUUAGCGAACGGGAUUUGCAGGAGAUAUGGAAAUGGAAUGCUGUAGUGCCAGAGAGCGUUGAGGACUGUGUCCACAAUGUGUUUGUUCAGAGGGUCGUUGAGACCCCUGAAGCUCCCGCUGUAUGCGCAUGGGAUGGCGAGCUGACAUAUGCCCAACUUGAUCGGUUUUCUACAUUGCUGGCAAACCACCUUGUUGGCUUAGAACUUGGAAUUGGACCAGGUGCCAUCGUGCCGCUUUGUUUCGAGAAAUCAGUAUACGUGCCAGUUGCAAUACUUGCAGUCAUGAAAGCGGGCGCUGCGUCUGUUGCUUUGGACACGACGUUGCCUCACUCUCGGUUGGAAAGUAUUGUUAGCCAACUAUCGGCCAAAGUGGUGUUGACCUCGAAGACUUGUGCAAAUCUUGCAGCAGGUAUCACCAAUGCACCAGCAAUAGAAGUGGGAGGUGACUGGGAUAAUUUCCAGCGGCUAUUUCAGCAGACUCCAGCUCCGAUGAUGCCAAAAAUCACCCCAUCAUCAGCUCUUUAUGUCGUGUUUACCUCUGGAAGCACUGGCACUCCGAAAGGGGCAAUCAUCACACAUGCCAAUUUCUGUAGUGCCAUCCGAUAUCACCAACCCGAGCUUGGGUUUGAGGCGUCAUCGAGAGUCUUCGACUAUACCUCAUAUGCCUUUGAUGUUGCAUGGUCAAAUGUACUGCACGCACUAACAGUGGGCGCAUGUCUCUGUGUCCCCUCAGAGGACGAGCGUACCGCGGACAUCAGUGGCACUAUCAACCGGCUACAGGCAAAUUUUAUCCAUCUUACACCAACAGUGGGACGUUUGCUCGAUCCUUCAGCGCUGACUAGCCUCAAGAAGGUCUUGUUCAUCGGCGAGACGCUCAAGGCUAGUGAUGUUGCCAAAUGGGAGACUUCCGGUGUCGAGAUCUACAAUACAUAUGGCCCUGCCGAAUGCACCGUCACGAGCACAGUCGGGAGAGUCGGAACAGGGGAUACCAGUGCCAGAAUUAGUGACCCGAGCAUCGGCAAAGGUACUGGCGCGUUGACUUGGGUCGUCCAACCCCGUGAGCCUGACAGGUUGGCUGCCAUAGGGACCAUAGGAGAGCUGUGGCUGGAGGGGCCGGUUGUUGGUGCAGGUUACCUGAACUGUCCCGAGAAGACAGCUAGUGCAUUUAUCGAGGACCCCAAAUGGCUAAUGAAUGGAAUCCCUGGACGAGUGCCUGGCCGCCGUGGACGAGUUUACAAGACGGGCGAUUUGGCCUUCUACAACCCAGACGGCUCUCUUGGAUUUGUUGGGCGGAACGACACCCAGGUCAAGAUCAACGGCCAACGAAUGGAGCUUGGAGAAGUUGAAUACCACGUUCGCCAACUGCUUCCGACCGAGGUGGUUCCACAGGUUGUGGUGGAUGUAAUUACCCCGGACGCUACUCGGAGCCAAACUCUAGCGGUGUUCUUGGUGAUGCCCGACGACAGCGACAGUGCAAGAGUCGGGCUAAACGGGGGAACUGCCUCGAUGAUAGCAACGCUUCGAAAGGAGCUGUCAAAGUUGCUCCCCUCGUACAUGAUUCCCCGCGCGUACAUCCCUAUUCCCCUUGCAGAGCUGCCCAUGACAGCAACAGGAAAAACGGAUAGACAAAGGGUUCGCGAACUAGGCAGAAGCUACAGGCCACCAACACCUUCGCCUUCAGACGCGUUGACUUCCGAUGCUAAACUGACCAAAACAGAAGAAGCCUUGAGGGAUAUAUGGGCUAGGUUACUUGGUGUCAAGCUAGAUCUUAUCGCUUCUGAUCAGAGCUUCUCUGAGGUUGGAGGUGAUUCAAUAAAGACCAUGUCACUAGCCAUGGAAAUACGCAAGCAGUUCGACGUUAAUGUCGGGGUGCCUCGUUUGGUCCAACAGCAAAAUAGCUUGCAUGAACUUGCCGCCCUAAUCGAUAACCUGGUGGGCGGCCAGUCUGUUGAGGAGCCGAUGCAGCCGACACCGACGGACCUGGAGCGUGAGAUAGGCAUGCUGAUAAGCAAGAUCGAGUUUGGCCGUGUUGACGCGGGGUCGACGGUGUUCCUCACUGGAUCGACCGGGUUUCUGGGGACCCAGAUUCUUCACUACACACUCAUGAAGGGCGCAUUCGACAAGGUCGUACUACUUGUGCGCAGUCUUGACGAACAGAAGGGGCUGGACAGGGUGAGGGAAACGGCAAAAAUCGCUGGCUGGUGGAAGGAAUCAUUUGCUUCGUCAAUUGAAGUCUGGAAUGGAGACCUCUCAGCCGAAGGGCUUGGGCUAGAGGAUUCACAAUGGAGCGCGCUGUGCGGCCGCCCAAGUGUGCAUGGCGCUGUUGAUGCAAUCAUCCAAAACGGCGCCAGAGUGCAUUGGGCAACAAGCUACGACGGGCUGAAAGACGUGAACGUUGGUUCUACGAUACAGCUUCUGCAGGCAGCAAUGGCCUCCCCUCUGCUGAAGAGUUUUGUAUAUGUCUCUGGCGGCCUCAUCACAGAUAGCCGAACCUGGACCGAGGAGGAGGCGAGAAUGUCUAACGGAUACGAUCAAACGAAAUAUGUCUCGGAAAGACUGGUGAGCGCUGCGGCCACACAGUUCCGCAAACGAGACACGACAUUCUCGGUCGUCAAACCGGGGCAGAUUAUCGGAGACGUGUACACAGGCGUAGCGAAUGCGGACGACUUCUUGUGGCGGGUGGUGAUGGGUGCCGUCCGCCUUGGAGCUCGACCAGUCGAAUCCGAGACAUCGUGGCUCUCAGUGUCGGAUGUUCGUCACGUCGCAGAGGCCAUUCUAUGGCAUGCAGCAGGCAAAAGCCGCGAGAAUUUCGCCCAUAUCAAGAGGGGAGUAUGGGUCAGUGCCUUCUGGUCUGCCGUCGAGGAUCAAUUACAGCUGCUGUUGCGGCCAGUCUCGUGGCGAGAGUGGAUUGAGCUCGCCAGGGAAGACAUGGCGCAGGAGCAAGAACAGCAUCCGCUAUGGCCAGUGCAGCAGUUCCUGGGCGCUCUUGGUACUGAAAUCGAAGUCAGCGACCAUGAGACCUACGAGUGGGAAAUGCGAGAGGUACUUGCAGCUGCGCGACAGAAUAUCGCGUACCUACGAUGUAGGGGUCUCCUGGGAACCGCUGGUGGAAAGCCGUUUAAUGGAAAAAUUAUAUCCAGGACCCGAAAUGUACGUACGGCGGGCCUGAAAGCAGUGAGUGUUUGA